AUGCUACACGAGACAUGGCACAAGAUGGAGCCCUACGAGAUCGACGCGCUUUUUGCUGAGGUCAACAACAACUGUAUCAAAGAGGACGAGGCGGAGUGCGGCGCGGAGACGGCGGACAGCCCGCCCCCCCUGCCGCCGUUCGGCUACGCCCCCGGGGACGUGUCGCCGUCCCACUCGCGCAGCUACCAGGAGCUGCGGCCCGCGCACGCGGCGGGCGCGGCACACGCGCGCGACAUGCAGGCCUACGCGCACCUCGAGGAGGCGCUCUUCAAGGGCGGCUCCACAGACGGCGCCUACAUGCGCCGCUCCAGCCCCGACAGCCCCUCGCCCGAACGCCGCGACGAGUAUUCCGUCGUGCACUACGAGCCCUACACGCCGCAGCCGCCGCCCUACGCGCACGAGCACCACCAUGUCGACUCUGGGGGAGGGGGCGGCGCGGUGUACACACGGUGCGCGUACGGCGGCCCAGGGGCCACCGCACCUUACUUCAGUAACGGAGCUGAAUUGACCUCGCAGACACAGAUAUGGACCUCAAGUGCAGGUGGUUCGCCGAGCUACGGUGGGUCCACUGGGUCAGGGGGCGGCGUGGUGUUAGAAGAGUACAGUGGGGAAGGAGGCCCAGGGUCGGGCGCGGGUAGUGACGGGGGUGGCGGAUCGCUGCCCGCCUUCAGCGCUCGCUUCGGAGGCGGUUUUGCUUGCGCCACGGCGCGCGCUCCCUCCUCCGUGUACAGCACGUCCGCGCUGCCUGCGAGCGCAUACUCGCCACAGGAGGUUUGGAACUUGGAAAGUAAUCGUCGGCCUCAGAUCUCCGCCGCCGCCAGCCUCUCAGCCUGUAAGUACCUAGCUCAUUACAUGGUUGGAAUAUAUUGUGACAGUAGACAGUCAACAGGAGAUAGUUAG